AUGGACACAGAGGGAUUCCCUCCCCCACCACCGGAAGCUCUAGAGCAUGAACCAAAAACUGUGGAUAUGAACAAUGAAGAGGAGGAUGAGGGAGAGCAGUUUGACUUUGACAGUGGAGAUGAGAUACCAGAAGCAGACAGGCAAGCCCUUGUGCCACCUCCUCCUGGUCCUGGAAAUAACAUAGAGCACCAAGAAGCUAAUGCCACAGGGGAUGAUAAUUCAGAAAGCAAUGAGAAGCUACAAACGCCAGGACCUACUGUGGAAGGCCCUCCAGCUAAAGUAAAUCCCUACUCUGUAAUAAAUAUUUCACCCAUCCAAGACAAGGAUCCAUCCUCAUCACCAGAACCAAGUCCUCAAGAUGAAUGUGCCAGUCCAAACUUGUCUGGUGGAUAUUCUGUUCCUGUCCCCUGUGGCUAUGCUGUGCCAUCAAAUUUACCUUUGAUGCUACCAGCAUACUCCAGUCCUGUCAUCAUACGUAGUGUUUCUGUAGAUGAAGAAGGUAUACAGUCAGCAACUGAGGAAUGCCAUUAUAAUUCUGUAAACUCAGAGGAGCCUCAGAAUAGUGAAGAUAAUCAGGUCAAGGGAGAAGAUGAUGUUCUGGCCAAGUGGGUGGCAGAUCCUGCAAAUACAGCAUGGAUGGAAAACCCAGAUGAAGUAAUUUACGAUGAUGUGCCAAGAGAAAAUUCAGACUCUGAACCAGAGGAAAUGAUUUAUGAUGAUGUUGAAAAUGGUGAUGAUGGUGGAAACAGCUCGCUGGAAUAUGGGUGGAGUUCAAGUGAGUUUGAAAGCUAUGAAGAGCAGAGUGAUUCUGAGUGUAAAAAUGGAAUUCCUAGCUCCUUUUUGCGAGGCAACCACAAGAGACAUCUUUCUCAUGACCUAACCCGGUUAAAGGAGCAUUAUGAAAAAAAGAUGAAAGAUUUGAUGGCAAACACUGUGGGAGCAGUAGAGAUUCAGCAACUAAAGCAAAAACAUGAGCUGAAGGUGCAAAAGCUUAUGAGAGCUGCUAGAGAAGGUACUAAAGAUGGGCUUGAAAAGACAAAAGCAGCUGUGAAAAAGGGUCGUUCUUUCAUUAGAACAAAAUCUUUCGGUUCUCAAGAUAAUAGAUCAUCAUGCCUGGAAGAAGAGGACCUAAAUUUAUUUAUUGAUGUGGACUGUAUGCAUACAGAAGCAAUUAUGACUCCUAUGCCUGAAGGAUUAUCACAGCAGCAGGUUGUGAGAAGGUAUAUUUUGGGCUCUGUAGUUGACAGUGAGAAGAAUUAUGUGGAUGCUCUCAAAAGAAUCCUGGAGGAAUAUGAGAAGCCCCUUUCAGAUAUGGAGCCAAAAUUAUUGAGUGAAAGAAAGCUGAAAAUGGUCUUUUAUCGAAUUAAGGAAAUUCUUCAGUGCCAUUCAAUGUUUCAGAUUGCUCUGGCGAGUCGUGUAUCUGAGUGGGACUCUGUGGAAAUGAUUGGUGAUGUCUUUGUUGCUUCAUUUUCUAAAUCUAUGGUUUUGGAUGCGUACAGUGAAUAUGUAAACAACUUCAGUACAGCAGUAGGGAUUCUCAAGAAAACAUGUGCUACCAAGCCUGCCUUUUUAGACUUCUUAAAGCAGUGCCAGGAGUCAAGCCCUGAUCGAAUUACACUGUAUGGAUUAAUGAUGAAGCCUAUCCAGCGCUUUCCACAGUUCAUUCUACUGUUGCAGGAUAUGUUGAAGAACACUAAUAAAGGACAUCCUGACAGAUUACCUCUGCAGAUGGCUCUUACGGAGCUUGAAACACUGGCAGAGAAGUUAAAUGAAAGGAAAAGGGAUGCAGAUCAGCGCUGUGAAAUAAAACAAAUAGCAAAAGCAAUGAAUGAACGUUAUCUGAACAAGCUACUCAACAGUGGAACCAGAUACCUCAUACGGACUGAUGAUAUGGUUGAGACAGUUUACAAUGACAAGGGAGAAAUUAUCAAAACCAAAGAACGGCGACUUUUCAUGUUAAACGAUGUGCUGAUGUGUGCAACAGUAAAUGUACGCUCUUCCUAUGAAAGCAGUGCUGCGGUGACAAGUGGCCAGAGGUAUUUGUUGAAAUGGAGCAUACCGCUGGAAAAAGUGGAAGUCAUAGAGUAUAGCAGCAGUGAGGGCCAAGGAGAGAACUGCAGGUUUCCACCCCAGCACUCCGCUGAAAACGUCAUCAUUAACUCUAAGCCAAACAAACUCUAUAUGGGACCAGGGCAACUGUACCAUGAUCUGCAGUACCUUUUACAUGACUUGAAUGUAGUUGGCCAAAUUAGUCAAUUAAUAGGCAACCUUAAAGGAAACUAUCAGAACUUAAACCAAUCUGUAGCAGAUGACUGGACCUCAGGUUUAAAAAAACUGAUUUUGAAAAAAGAAGAUGAAAUCAGAGCAGCAGAUCGCUGUAGAAUUCAGCUGCAACUCUCAGAAAAACAGGACAAGUCUGGGCGGCCCACUUUCUUUACAGCUGUGUUCAAUACAUUUACCCCUGCCAUCAAACAGUCUUGGAUCAACAAUUUACAGAUGGCUAAACUAGCCCUUGCGGAGGAUAACCUGUUAGGUUGGUUCUGUGUAGAAGAUGAUGGGAAUCAAAUAAAAAAGGAGAAACAUCCUCUGCUUGUUAGACACAUGCCAGUUAUGAUGGCCAAGCAACAGGAGUUUAAGAUUGAAUGUGCUGCUUAUAAUCCUGAACUGUACCUCUCUGGUGAAAUGGAGUCAGAUUCUUGUACCAUGGAACAUGGUUUUCUUUGGAUUGGCAGCUGUACUAAUCAGAUGGGCCAGAUUGCAAUAGUCUCAUUUCAAAACUCCAGCCCCAAGGUUAUUGAGUGCUUCAAUGUGGAAUCACGGAUUCUCUGCAUGGUCUACAUACCAGAGGAGGAGAAACUCAAAGAGCAAAACAAGACUGUUCACUCUGAAAAUGUUCUUGCAAAAGCUUCUAAUGUGCCUACUAUUUGCCUUGGCACAGAAGAAGGAAGCAUUUCUAUUUACAAAAGUUGCCAAGGCUCAAAGAAAAUUCGACUUCAACACUUCUUCACUCCUGAAAAAUCAACUGUUAUGAGCUUAACAUACAUGUCUCAAUACUUAUUUGCUGGCUUGGUAAAUGGAAACAUCUCAAUCUACACAAAAGCAGAAGAUGGGACAUGGAACACAGAACCUCAGAAGAUAGUUAAACUGGGGGUUCUGCCUGUUAGAAGUCUGCUUGUGAUGGAGGAGACUAUUUGGGCUGCAUGUGGUGGACAGAUUUUUAUAAUCAGCAUGGCGACUCAUUCCGUAGAGAGCCAUUUUGAAGCCCAUCAAGAGGAAGGGAUGGUAAUCUCUCACAUGGCUGUUGCUGGAGUGGGAAUUUGGAUUGCCUUCACAUCUGGAUCUACUCUUCGCCUGUUCCACACUGAGACACUGAAACACCUCCAGGAUAUUAAUGUUGCCACACCUGUUCACAAUAUGUUGCCAGGGCAGCAGCGUGUUUCUGUGACCAGCCUCCUGGUGUGCCAUGGUUUAUUGCUGGUUGGGACAAACCUAGGUAUAAUAGUAGCAUUACCAGUGCCACGCUUGCAGGGGAUUCCCAAAGUAACUGGAAGAGGAAUAGUGUCAUAUCAUGCACACAAUGGCCCAGUCAAAUUUCUUGUAACAGCUACAUCUCUAAACAAGAAGAACAGAAACAAACUGAGAAACAGCCUUCCUCAUGGCUCAGAACCUAAAGACGAUGACCAAAAGAACAUUCUUCACAGUGAAAGACCAGGCUCUUCCCUCAGCAAUUCUCAGGACACUGCAAUUUGGCUGGGGGCUUCAGUAGGAUCCACUGCCCAAAAAAGUGACUUGUCAUCAUCUUCUGGAUACCUUUCUUUGUCUCAUGGAUCAGAUUCUCUAGAACAUAGGCCAGAGGACAGUAACAUUUAUGAGCUUUUGAAGGAUCAGCACAUCUCAUUUAAAAGUAAAAGACACAGAUCCAAGAAAAUUAAAGCAAGUUCAGUAUUAGUCAUUUCUGGUGGCCAAGGACACAGAAGAGUGAAAAAGAAGACCAAGCAGCAACGACAAGAUGAACUGGUGUCUUCAGUGAUGGUCUGGCAAAUCCCGCUACUAAAUAUCUAACCGAACUAAAUCCAAGAUACGCUUUGCUAUUGAAAGAAGUCUGAUAUCCUUUUACAGAAAGUGCCAGUUUAGGACCCA